AUGUGGGGACACCCUGGGGACUUUGGGGACAGCCCAGGGACACCCCAGGGACACGUCCUUGGGGACAGCCCGGGGACUUUGGGGACACCGGGGACACCCCAGGGACACGUCCUUGGGGACACUGGGGACAGGGGGACACCCCAGGGACUUUGGGGACAGCCCGGGGACAUGGGGACACCUGGGACACAUCCCUGGGGACAGCCCGGGGAU